AUGUAUGCCAUCCGGCUUCCAUGGCCGGUUGUUGAAGUGAAAUUUGGUUGGAGACCUAUUCACUUUGCAUUGUAUCGAACAUUAGACCAUGUCAAGUACCUAGAAGACCACGGAGCUGAUCUCCAGGCCGAGGGCGGGUUGCAGAGAAAUGCCCUGCAUUUUGCCGUUGUGAGUGGUAGGCUUGACCUGGUACGAUAUGUUAUGCAAAAGUUCAAAGGUUUCAUUAACGAGCUGGACUGCGAUGGCUGGACACCACUUUUCUGUGCACUUCGAGAAGCCCAAAUAUGGGAUAUUAGGUUCUCCCAACGCACUGACAUAAUCGAGGAAUUGAAGGAGAAUGGUGCUGAGAUCAUGAUCUGUGCUGACGGCGGACUUGAGGGCGAUGCUCCAACUGGUCACCCCAACCGAUGA